CACUUGCAGCGAACACAUUGCAGCUUCGGACUCUCUGAGCCAACGUUUUCUACAUUUCUCCAGUGCAAGCUUCAAGAGCAAGAAUGGCCCCAAUUCAGAAGCACAUUUCCUCUCUUACUGAAGAGAAUUCAGAAAGAGCGACCAGCAAGACCUUCACGGCCAGCAGUUGCUUUAACACAGCCAGAACAAGCACUUCAAGCAAUAGCAUAACAGGCAGUGACAGUGCUAUCGCCUCUGAUCGUGUCAGUCCAAGGAAUCACACAACCCAUUUCGACAGAGAAGAAGAGCGAGAGGUCGCACUGCCCAUCACCUCACGAGGUCACUUCUAUCAUGACUCCUUCUUCAAGGAUCUCCGAGAACAUUUCGAUAAUGCCGUAAAGGACACGUUAGACCUGUGGGACUCCAGGUCGCCUUUCGAGGAUGACCUGCUUUCCUACAGACGAAUGCGAGACCUCAACCUCACGGAAGAGACUCAGGCUCUUUCCGUCAAGCAGGACGACAGCUCCCAUCAGGUAUAUGUUCCCCAGGUCGUGAUUGACGUCCGUGACUUCAUGAACGGCGACAUCAAGGUGAAGGUGGUGGACGACAGUGAACUGGUGAUAGAAGGCAGCGUCGAGAAGCGACAGGAUGGCGCCGUCUCGAAGAACACUUUCUGUCGACGAUUCUCAUUCCCGGGUCUCUUGAAGGAAGACACUGUGUCCUCAUCCAUGUCGACAGAUGGAGUUCUUACUGUCACUGUUCCGAAGAAGAGUUACUUAACAAACAAGGAGGGUCAAACUAUUAAAAUCACUGCCUCGCACAAAACGUCUGUAGAUACUACAAAUACACACAAGAAUAUCACAAACAACGGCGAAGCGAAACAAGUUAGUGUCGAAGAAAAAUCAUCAAAAUCAUCUCGAGUGAAAGUGCAAGAAGAUCAGGCUCAUUCGACGGAGUUUCAGAACACGCAGGCUUCGAGCGAGUCGACGGAGGCCAAGCCACUUGCUCCCUUCCACCUUCUUCCCAUUUCCGAAAGAGGGCCUUUCUUCCGCGAUUCCUUCUUCCAGGACACUCGACAGACAUUCCAACAAGCCGUCGACCAAGUUCUCAAAGACUGGGGACAACUGGAUUCUGCGAGCGACCACAUGGACAUGUACAGGAACUUGCGAAAGCACAACUUGCAGGAAGAGAACCAAGCCGUCGCCUUUAGCGAGGACCACCAGUGUUAUAAGAUUGUGGUGGAUGUACAAGACUUCAAGGAAGGCGACGUCAAGGUCAAAGUGGUGGACGAGAAUGAACUAACAGUCGAAGGCAAUUUGGAGAUCAAGCGAGACGAUUCCGUGUCCAGCAAGAGUUUCUUCCGCCGUUUCUGCUUCCCAGGACUCGUGAGUGCCGACACCGUGAGGUCCGGGAUAUCAUCUGACGGCAUCCUCACUGUUACUGUACCAAAGACAUCAGGAUCCAAGUUCAGUGCGGUUUCUGAAACGUCAAAAUCUCAGAGUUCCCAGACUUCAUCUCAAAAGACAGAAGGAAAAGAAACUCUCACAAAUAAAUUAAAAUCAGAACAGCAUAAGCUUCAUUCCGAAUUUCUAAAUACAUGUGACAAACGGACUGAAGCGACAUCGUCACUUGCGAACAAAAUUAUCUGUGAGGAAAACCAAGAAAAAGGCACCCAUGAUAAAAUCUGCGAAAGUGGCACCUCACUUUUAGAAAACAUACAGUCGAGCCAAGACACAAUGGGCGACCAGUGCCUUUCCAUCUCCUCGAAGGGUCAGUUCUUCUCUGAUUCCUUCUUUGAAGACGUUCGAAAGGAAUUCGAAAUGGCUAUUGGUGAAGUCCUCAGCAGGCAUGACAUUAUAAGGAGUGCCAACAACGAAUUAUCCUCCUACCGAAGUCUACGGGAACGUGAGCUCAAUGAUGAGACUCAGGCGAUGAAGACGACAGAAGAUCAAUACGGAUAUAAGGUGGUGUUGGACGUCCACGACUUCAUGAACGAAGACGUCAAAGUGAAGGUGGUGGACAACAAGGAGGUGGUGGUGGAAGGUCGUACGGAGAAGAACGACGGAACCUUGAGGUCAAGCAAGAGCUUCUGUCGGCGCUUCACUUUUCCUGGCGCAGUAGACAUGAAUGCGGUCACUUCAGCAAUGUCCUCCGACGGUGUCCUCACCAUCAGUGCACCUAAGGCUGAAACAUUAGGUCACUGAAAGCUUCAACCAAUUCUUCAUAAUACCAAGACCAUCAACUUUUACAGACGUUAUUAAUGUAAUUAUUUGUUUGUUGACGAUAUUUAUAUACUAGCAUUGCUACAAUAUAUAUUUUUUUCUGAAUCUAUUUUCAUAUGAAAUAAAAUAUAUUU